CACCCCCGCCCCCCCCCCCCCCCCCCCCCCCCCCGACCUCCCUGAAAAUGGCCGUCUGAGAGGCACGACCUCCUCCGCUAUGUCCCGCGAUGACCCUGUAAUGACGACUGCCGAUCUCGAUAUAUAAGAUUAGAGACCACGAGGAUGACGACCACGCCCGACGUCAUCGCCCUAUUCAUCCUCCUGCUGCUGUUCUUGGCCAGCGGGAAAUGCGCGGCGGCAGAUGAGGCGGUCGGACUCGGCUGGAACUGGGAGAUGUGGUGGACCUACGACGGCAUCUCAGGUCCCGAGUUCUGGGGCGUGAUCAACCCGGCGUGGGCGAUGUGUUCGGAAGGGCGCCGCCAGUCCCCCAUCAACCUGGACCCCCGCACCCUCCUCCACGACCCCAACCUGACCCCCAUCACGCUCGACAAGACGCAGGUCCACGGUCAGCUGGUAAACACAGGUCACAGCCUCGAGUGGCGCGUCAGGUCAAGCGGGCCCACGGUGAACCUGUCCGGAGGCCCGCUGUCUUACGUGUACACCGUGAGUCACCUCCGACUUCACUUCGGCGAGAGAGAUUUGCAGGGAUCCGAACACACCGUGGCUAACUACGCUUUUCCUGCUGAGCACUGUCUUGCGCUGUCGCCGAGCGUCGCGAUAGUCCCAAGAAACGAGGGUGACUCAAGCCGAGGCUUCCGGCGGCGCGGUGCGGACUUAACCCAGUGCGGACGGCGUCGCGGAACAGUCUCGGCCCGCAGACCUUACUGGACGCUCGCGGCCUCUCGCGCUCCCUCGACUCCUCGAACGGAUAACACGACCACGCUCGCACGCCACUCCUGCCCUCCGGCCUCACCGUCUGCAGAGAGCGUGAAGGACAAAAGCAAAAUGUGCUCGUUAAAAGCCAUAAUAUCGUGUGGCAUCAUCUUGGCCGCCAUGGACAUCAUCCAAGGGUUAACAACUCUAGGCUGGUAUGGGUACCGCUUCGUGUCCUAUUACUUCUAUCUGUGCCCCAGAGAGCUGCCCAUUGACGAGUGCCACGCAGAGAAAUAUCACUACGAGCAAUUGUACACCCUUCGCACCUACAUCGGCAUCGGGGAAGGUGCUGUGACCCCGAUCUUUGCUGCUAUUUACAUCGUUGCUCUCGUCAGGCAUAAGCCGUGGCUCGCCUGGUGCUGGCUCAUCAAGGCCUUCGGCGCCCUGGGAAUCAACGUGUACUUCCUCAGCCAGUGGCUCAUCAGGCUCAAGAACUUCGAUCAUCUGAGAACCAUCAGGCCGGCUUACGACCAACAGUUCCUGUGGAUAGGAAUCGCGCUGACGCUGGCCUGAGGUGGUCAUCCUGCUCCUCUUCUGCCUCGUUGGGGGCAUCUUCACGUACAAGGUGUGCGAGGAGCGCCGCAGGAGCAGGCGCAGUCUGCACCGCAUCCACAAGAUGGGUCGCCACGGCCGCGCCACGGCGCCGCCCCUCGACGGCUACGACGACGAGUCCUCGAUCGUGCGCGCAAACAUCGAGGAGCAGUUCCUGAACCACGGCCUCCACGACUCCACCAACAAGCUGCCUCUCCCCGGCUCCACCAGCAGCAUGAACGAGGUGGGGUGGGCCAACACGCUGAAGGCGCCCACGGAGGUCUAGGCGCCGGAGAGGCCGCCCUUGCCUCCGACGGCCGUCCGGGGAGGCUGGGCUGCCCUCCGCGAGAAGUGUUCAUUCCACCUGCGACGCGACGGGACCUGAGGGAGGCGCUGUGGCUGCGGGCCGCCUUCAAUCCGAAGGCACCGGCUGCGCGGCGGCACAGCGGUUGCGCAGGUUCCUCGGUCCAGGUAUUCAUUGCCGUUAGCUUCAGGAAUGAUUCAUGAGAGUCGAAAGUCAAGUGCGAGGCAUUUCCCCGAGGCAGAGAGACGCUCGGCCUGCAUUUGCCGCGCCAGAGUUCACUGCUGGAAGAGUUUAUCACAGAGAAGUCAGACUUCAUUGCUAGAGUGCCAAAGAUAUUCCAUAAUGCCAGUAGAGGGGACUCGACGCGGGAAUGCCUCGCGUCUCAUGUCUCCUGCAGGUGCUGCCGACUUGUUGAGUCAUUUAUUCCGUGUACAUAGAUAGGUGUAUAUACUAGGUUCUCAGAUUUUCUCUCUUCUUCCUUUGUGUAUAUUUUGAUAUUGAUGCAUCAACUACAACCAUGUUACACGUGUCCCUUUAAUAGAGUAUUUUUAUGAAGAUAUAAGACUGUUUAGGGUUAGGAUUAAAGUUGCACUUGCUGCGUUAUGCUAGAUUCGGAGCCCACAAAGAGAGAUAGGCCUAUGCGAUUUUUACAUUUUUUUAGAAUAAUUAUAUAUGUCUGAACUUUAGAAGUUUUCUUACAUAAUUUUAUGACCAGAUGUGAAUUAUAUUUAAUAAUAAAAAUCCUUUAAUAUAAAAA